CCAUUUCAACCAAUCAUUUGUCAAAGUGAGCACGAGGCUUUUGCGUCUCUUCCCUUACAAGCCGCCAUUUUGUUCUCGAUGGAUCAAGCAGGAGGUGCAGGAAACGCUUACGCUGAUGCCCUUGCACGUGCACGACAGAUAGCAGCUAAAAUAAAUCAACCUGGUGCUGGUGACGCUCAGCCACAAGGAAUAAAGCGACCCUUUGAGGAUGGUCCAGGGUUUGGUGAGCCAGAUACAAAGAAAUCGACCGCUGCACUAAACGAUCCAAUUGGAGCUCAAUUAAGAGCUAUUCAAGACCAACAGAGGGGAAGUUCAGCUGCACAGGCUGCGCAGGAGGCAGCAGCUAGAAUAAAUCAGCAACUAGGAGUGGGACCAGCAACUGCUCCCCCUGUAAUUGGAAACCCGUCUCCUCACGCACAACUUGGCGCAGUCAUGGAAGAAACUUACAUGGUACCCGACAAGAUGGUUGGGUUAGUUAUUGGUAAAGGUGGUGAACAAAUCACACGAUUACAGAUGGAAACUGGUUGUAAAGUUCAGAUAGCACCUGAUAGUGGUGGUUUACCUGAUCGAGCUUGUAGACUUACUGGUACACCUCAAGCCAUUGCGCAAUGUAAACAAGUUAUAAAUGGUAUAAUAGAUAGAGCACAGAAUAAUAACAUGGAUCCUAUGAAUAUUGGUGAAGGACAGACAGUAAUUGAAAUGUUUAUUCCGGGAAAUAAAGUUGGUUUAAUUAUAGGAAAAGGUGGAGAAACUAUCCGAAAUUUACAGGUAAUUUGUUAA